AUGUUUGGAAGCUUGCGUCUCACCGUUAUUGAGGAGUCUGGUCGCAGGCGGAUAUGGGAAGAGAACUUGGAAAUGAUUGAUGUCCAUAACCUUGAAGCCUCUCUGGGCUUGCACACCUAUGAGCUGGCAAUGAACCACCUGGGAGAUCUGACAACUGAGGAGAUCACUGGCAUGCUGAUGGGCACCACUGUGCCUUCUGACCUGGAGAGGGGUCCUUCAAACUUUGUCAGGCUCAACACCUCUCUACCAGCGUCACUGGACUGGAGGGAUAAAGGCCUGGUAACUGAGGUCAAAAUGCAGGCCUUCAGUGCAGUUGGAGCUCUGGAAGGGCAACUCAAUAAGUCUACAGGCGUCCUGGUAUCCCUCAGUCCUCAGAACCUGGUGGAUUGUUCUGUGAAAGGCGGCAACGCAGGGUGUAAAGGUGGCUUCAUGUCAAAGGCCUUCCACUACGUCAUUACAAACCAAGGCAUAGAUUCUGACGCAGGCUACCCCUAUGUCGGCAAGGUGAGCUUCAAAGACGACUACGCCUUCAUACCGGAGGGGGAUGAGGUUGCAUUGAGGGAAGCUCUGGCUAGCAUCGGCCCCAUCGCUGUAGCUAUUGAUGCCUCCAAGUCAAAGUUCGUCUUCUACCGUCAUGGUGUGUACAGGGACCACACAUGCACCCACAAGGUGAACCAUGGAGUGCUGGUUGUGGGCUACGGCACUGAGAGACAGUACGACUACUGGCUGGUCAAAAACAGUUGGGGCGUGAAGUACGGGGAUGAAGGCUACAUCAAGAUGGCUCGAAACCGACACAGCCAGUGUGGCAUCGCUCGCUAUGCUUGUUACCCCAUCAUGUGA